CCAGUGCUACUCACCCACUGAAACUCCCCCGGUGAUGUUUCAAGCCUAGAUAGCUCCUGGAGACUACUGCCUCUGUGCUCCUGCUGUACGGUCAAAUGAGAGCCUUUACCGAUGGGGUGCCCUGAGCCCGCAGCUGGGACUGGGAAGCAAGCCACCUAACCCAGCUGGGCUGGGAUGCAUGGACACCCCUGCUUCUGCGAGGUGCCAAUGCUGCCGGGCAGCCCGGGCGGCAGGAGCUGAAGUCUCCAAGAUUCCUGCUGGUGGGAGCGUUUUUUGGGACUGGCUGGGGGAACUUGCACUACUGGAUGCCACCAGCCCAUCAGUUUAGGAUGAUCCAGCGGCACCAGCUGGUGCAGUCUGUGCUGCAGGAGCUACAAGAAGCCACUGAAUGCUUUGGCCUGGAGGGUCUCACCAGUGCUGCACUGGAGGCGGAGAGGACCCUGUCAUCUUUCUCCCUGCCUGGCUAUUGUGGGAGUCAGUUCCAAGAUGAGCUAGAGGUUGACCGGGUAGCCAGGAGCCUCUAUCCUGAGGAUGCCCCAAGUAACAUGCUGCCUCUCGUUUGCAAAGGUGAGGGAAACCGCCUCUUUGAGGCUGCCAGUGUGCUGCUCUGGGGCAACCCCAGCCUCAGCCUGGAGCUGCAAGUGCGUACCGUCGUGGAGAUGCUGCUGCACAAGCAAUACUACUUGAAUGGCAUGAUUGAUUCCAAAGUGAUGCUGCAGGCUGCCCGCUACUCCCUCUGCACUGAAGAGACCCCGGAGAUGACCAGCCUUCCCAUGGCUAUCCUGGAGGCCAUCUUCGAUGCUGAUAUCAAAGCUACCUGUUUCCCUGGCACCUUUGCCAACAUGUGGCAUGUCUAUGCCCUUGCCUCAGUACUGCAGUGUAACAUCUACUCUAUCUAUCCCAUGAGCAACUUGAAGAUCCGUCCCUAUUUCAACCGGCUCAUCCGGCCCAGAAAGUGCGGCCCGCAAACCUCCACACUCCACAUCAUGUGGUCGGGGCAGCAGCUCUCUCGGCAGGUCUUCAAAGCGCAGUACUUUGUGGCUGUGGUUGGCCUGGAGGAACUAGAACCCACAGCACCUUCACCAGAGCCUCCUGUCCAGCCCAUGAAGACCCUUGAGCUGCUGAACAGUGACCCCCAGCUGACCUAUUCUAACCUGCGUGACCGGUACAGCAUUACCAAGAGCACCUUCUACCGCUGGAAGCGCCAGUCUCGUGAACACCGGCAGAAAGCGGCUGCCAGGUUUGCAGCUAAACACUUCCUUCAGUCCUGCUUUCAGGAGGGCAAUAUAAUCCCCCUCCAGCACUUCCGACAAAUGUUUCCAGAAAUCUCCCGAUCCACAUACUAUGCCUGGAAGCAUGAGAUGCAGAGCAUGGUCAAUGGUGAUGCUUCUGCUCUGUCUGAGGCUCACAGGUUGCAGGAGCUUCACAGGGAUGUUCUAAAAAAGGCUGAUGUGAAUGAGCCAGCUAAUUCACAGGCGAGCUUAAGAUCCCAGAGUCCUUCCCUAGACCCCAUCCAAGCAGGAAUCUUCAUGCAGGGAGCCAAAUCCUACUUAGAGAAAUGCAUUUCUAUGAACACUCUGGUGCCUUACAGGUGCUUCAAACGCAGCUUCCCUGGCAUCUCCAGGUCCACUUACUACAACUGGCGAAGAAAAGCAAUCAAGGAGAACCCCAACUUCAAACACCCCCAGUCACCAUUGGAUAACCAGAAAACUCUACCUAUAGGAAAGCCAUUCCUGCAGUUGAAGCCAAACAGCGUGCCUGUUAGGAAGAGACGAAAUGGAGACCGGCCAGCGCCCAGGAGUCUCCUGCAGCUCAAGCCUUCUCUGUGCUGGAGAAUGCAGUUGCGAGAUGUGGCCAGGAGGCAGGUCCAGCAAUGGCAGCUGCCGUUCUGCAAGUACCGCUUGCGCUACCCAUCUCUCUCCUCCACAGCCUACUGGUUUUGGAAGGGCAGUGGCAAAGCUAUUGGGCAGCAUCGCCUGCCCUGGACUAGCUCCAGCCAGCCAUUGAACCGUGUGGCUUCCCUGGUGCCUCCAAGAGUGGAGCCAGGCCUCAAGCCCCAGUGCCGAGUGGAGGGAGCCACCAAGCACAUAGAUAAGCCAGUGCCUGCCAUCCCGUGCAACACUACCAUUUCGGGCUAUGCCAUGUCAGACAGAGCCAACAGCCGCAUGUUUGUGAUGGAUGUGAUUGCCACUGCCCAGUUCAAGGCACAGGCCAAGCUGUUCCUGCAGCAGCGCUUUGAGUCGAAGAACUUCCCAACCUACAAGGAGUUCAGUGCCCGCUUCCCACUCACAGCCCGUUCCACCUAUUACAUGUGGAAGCGUGCCCUGCAUGAUGGGCUGACGCUGGUGGAUGCCUGAGUGCCAGUUGCCAGCUGGCUUGGCCACAGAUCCUCUGCUGAUGUGCCCUUUGGCUUUCUGGUGGGGUGUCUGGGCUGGGGCCUCACUCUAACUUUUGUUCUGGUUUUGUGUUAUUUUGUUCCUAGUCUCUGGCUUUAUUUUCUGUGUGGUUCAAUCAGGUAUGCGAGCAUUCUCACAGCACCUAUUCCCAGAGACUGGAAGAAUGGAAGGAGAAGGCGCUGAGCUGCCCCAAAGGAAGAGGGGCCAGGAAGUUGUUCUCCCUCUUUUUUGCGCUCAGGGGAUGAGCAAG